AUGAACUUCACCUUUUUGUUUUAUGGAAAACCUUGUAGUGGUAAGGACACAUUGAUAAAUAAUUUAUUAAAGAGGAAGAAGCAAAUUCUCCAUUUCAUUUACCUUUUUUACAACUUAACGGAAAAGCGUAUCUUCUACAAAUAUGUAGAAGAAAAAAUACUUUUUAUAAAUCUAAUUAAAUAUUACUAUAGACUAAACAAUGUAAGGAUAAAACUUAGCUGCACAGGUAGAAAGAGGGGAACUAAAAUAAUUUCUUUCUCCUUUUUAUUAUACCUUUCAAGAUGCCUUCUCACCCGUAUGGGGUGUCAUCCUUUCCAGCCAAAUGCAUAUAACAAGUUAAAUAAUAUGAUAAAAAAAGUGAUAAGACAAAAUAAAAAAAAUAAAUUUCUUAAAAAUUACAAGGACAAGUACAAUAAUAUGAGAGGGAAACACAGAUACCCAUACAACAAAUGGAACAUAAAAAAGAAAGCGACGCUUUUCAAUAACCUUAACAAGUAUAAAAUGUGUUAUACUUUUGCGAACCAAAUAAUAAAAUGGAAAAAAUAUUUCCAAUUAUUUAUGAGUAAAAAUAAAACUUGUAUAUAUGUUAUAUGUACGGAUUUUAUUGAAAAACAAUUUUACAACUAUCAAAGUAAAGAAAAAAAAAAUACUCCUUUCUCAUUACAGUUAAAAAAGGCGGAAAAAUACCACUAUUACAUGCUAAAUGAGAAAUAUAUAAUUUACGAAAAGAAAAAAAAAAAAAAAAAAUCUACUCAAAAUGUCUUUUAUCCCUUUUUAAAAAAAACAAGAGUAAAAAAUGGUAUACUUCUCAUAAGAAAAAAAGAAAAAAAAAAAAAAGCAACUCUAAUUAAUCAAACCAAGUAUUGGAAGGUAGCUAGAAAAAUUGCUUACUCAUAUUGUUUAAGCCUAAUGCGUCGGGAAAAAUGCAAAGAGCAACAUGAAAAGGAAAAAGAAAAAGAACAUCACUGUCCUCAUAAAAAUUCAAGAAACAAAAUAAUCAUCUUAAACGACACCUUUCACUUACCAUCGAUGAGAAAAAAAUAUUUUUUACUGUCCAAAAAAUAUAACUUCAACUAUGUACAGGUAUAUUUAAAUACCCCUCUUCAAACGUGUUUAAGGAGAAACAGAAAUAGGAAGAAUUUUAAAUACAUAUCUGAAAAAACGAUUGUGAGAAAUCAUAUAUGUCAACAAAAAUAUGCAGUUAGACUAAAUCCAGGAGAACAGACAAAAGUGUCAAAUAUGAUUAAUGUUGUUAAAACUGGUCAUAAAUGGCAAAUGAAAAUUCUUUCUCUUCAGAUUGACUCAUUUCGUCAAAAUAAAAUUGCAGAAAUACUGUUUUUCAUAUACAAACACUUCACUCAUUUCAAAAAUAUAAAACAAAAAAGAAAAGUUUCCACAAAAGAAGAGCAAAAGCCCCAAACCAAAUCAAACCCUUUAAACCUCCUAAACGUGAUGAUUAACAAAAUUAUUCAUGAAAGAUUGAAGGAACUCCCCAAUGAAAAAAAAAAUGAGUAUGCCCUUAGGUUUCGUCUCAUUAAAUUGAAGCUUUUAAAAGAAUGUAGAGAUAACAACACGCAUACGAUUGAAAAUGUAGAAGAUAUGUUUUUUGUGCAGUAG